AUGGCAACUUCAUCGUCAUCUUCUGCUUCUUCAUCUCGUGUCGCCAUCCCUCGAUGGGACUACGAUGUCUUCCUCAGCUUCCGAGGUGAAGACACUCGUGCUGGCUUCGUCAGCCACCUCCACAGCGCCCUCUGCCGUAGCGGAGUCCGCGUUUUCAUUGAUGAGGAGCUCCCGCGGGGGGAGAGGAUCUCUCUUUCUCUCGAGCAUGCCAUCGAGAGCUCCAGGAUCGCGAUCAUCGUCUUCUCCCCCAACUUUGCCGCCUCCGCCUGGUGCCUGCAGGAGCUGACCAAGAUUCUUGAGAUGAAGUACUCGAAAGGCCAACUGGUCCGGCCGGUGUUUUUCCACGUUGACCCAAGCGAUGUGCGGAAGCAGACCGGGGUCAUCGCGGAGAUCAUGGAGAGGCAUGAUAAGGUUUAUGGUGGUGAUGGUGAUGGAUUGGAGAGAGUGAAGAAAUGGAGAGACGCGCUUCGUGAUGCGGCUAAUUUGUCCGGAUGGCAUUCAAGCAACGGUGUUGAAUCUGAACUCGUCCAAAAAAUUGUUGAAGAAGUGUCAAGCAAACUGCAUCGCCCAUACUUGGAUGUUGCAAAGUAUCCAGUUGCUCUUGAUAGACAUAAACAAGUUGUAAAAAAUUUAUUGCAUACAGAGGAUGAUGGCAUUCACGUGGUGGGUAUUUGUGGAAUUGGCGGAAUAGGCAAAACAACUAUUGCCAAAGCUAUAUUCAACAUGAUUGCUGAUCAAUUCGAAGGUAGUAGCUUUCUGGCAAAUGUUAGAGAAAUUUCGAGACAGUAUGGCCUAGAUAAACUACAGGAAGCUCUACUUCGUGACAUUAUGGGGGAUAAAACCAUUGAGGUUGGCUACAUUCAAAUAAGUGUAGAUUUGAUCAGGCAAAAGCUUUGCAAUAAAAGAGUUAUGUUAGUUCUUGAUGAUGUGGAUUGCAUGGACCAACUAAGAGACUUAAUGGGUGAAAGAAGUUGGUUUGGUCAGGGGAGUAGAAUAAUUUUAACAACAAGAGAUGAAGACAUACUAAUCGCUCAAAAAGCAAAAAUCCAUAAGGUUGGUGAACUGAGUUAUGGUGAUGCUCUUCAACUUUUCAAUUGGAAUGCCUUUCAAGAAUCAUUUCCUACAAGAGGUUAUCCCUACCCACUUCUCUCCUACGGCUUUACUAAAUGUGCCAAAGGUAUCCCUUGGGCUCUUAUUGUGUUGGGAUCUUUUUUGAGUGGUAAGAGCACUCAUGAAUGGGAACGUACAUUAGAAAGAUUGAGUGCCUCUCCUGGCGACCGGAUUGAUGAGAUUCUGAAGAUUAGUUUUGAUGGAUUGGAAACUCAUGAACAAGCUAUCUUUCUUGACAUCGCUUGUUUCUCUAAUGGGGAAGACAAAAAUAAUGUAAUAAAGGUAUUCAAAAAAUUUUCAAAGGCAGAGUUGGUUCGUGCCACCAAUCAUUUCUCGGAUGAUAACAAGAUUGGAGUAGGCAGUGCUGGUUCAGUGUAUCAUGGGAUACUGGAUGAUGGGCGGGAAGUGGCCAUCAAGUGGACAAAUGUACCCUAUGAUGUCUUUGGAGACCGCAUGUUCAUCAGCGAGAUCAAAACUCUCUGUCGCGUCAAUCAUAAGAAUCUUAUUCAGUUGUUGGGAUUUCAUGCAAGACAUGAUGAGCGUGCCCUAGUCUAUGAGUACAUGAACAAUAGCUCUCUGUACAACCAACUUCACAAUAUCGGAAGUUCAACUUUGAUGUCUUGGAAUGCACGGAUCAAGGUGGCAUUGGAUGUCGCUAGGGGAAUCGAGUACUUGCAUGAAUUUGCAGGUCCUCGGAUAGUACACCGAGACAUUAAGUCAUCAAAUAUAUUGCUAGACGAAAACUGGACUGCUAAAGUUUCGGAUUUUGGACUUUCUAUAUAUCUUCCUAAGGGUGAAGAUUACUUUGAGGAUUCUGUUGUUGGCACCUGGGGUUAUUCAGAUCCAGAAUACUUCAAGACCAAAAGACUAACGAGCAUGAGUGAUGUGUAUAGCUAUGGCAUAGUAUUGCUUGAGUUAUUAUCUGGACGCAGCGCAGUAGAUAGGUAUGAAGAUGGCUGGAGAUGGAUUGUGAACAUCGUUGUUCCAUGCAUUGUUCGGGGUCAAAUUGGCCAUGCUCUGGACCCAAACAUGCCAAUUCCGGCCCCGUUCGAGAUGAUGGCAGUGGCAGAUAUGGCGUACCUCGCUGUAGAUUGUGUUGAGGAACGAGCUGAUGACCGACCCUCGAUGACUUGUGUAGUGGACCGCCUAAGGAGUGCUUUAGCUCGAUUCUCCUCUGCGAUGACAUGA